AUGUGUUUCAGCAAUACGUUGCUUGGUUUGAUUUCGCCUGCUGAUAACAAUAUGUCGCCGAGUAAUUUCUGUACCGACAAUUACAGCUGCUACUUCAGGGGCUAUUGGAGCAUUGAAGCGUCUUUCAUGCUCAUUCGAUGGGGUUUUGUCUGCUCUGAUAAUGAGUUUGAAGUCAUCGCUCUUACAUUCUCCAAUGCGGAUUUGAAAUCUCGGACCAAACAGUUGUGCUCGUGGAAUAAUGCUCAAAAUGGCGACAAAUACGGAAUAAUCAAGAAAAUAAGUGAGGACGAUGACGUAGUAUUCGACCAUCAGACUUACGCUGAAUAUUUUGCAUGCGUCUGGUUGAAAAAUAACACAGAAAAAAUAGUUGUGUUAAAGAAAGAUUUUUUUUCUCCUAGAUAUAAUAAUUUGCGGUUGAUGUUUGACGUAAUGUUAGCGGAAAAUAAUCCGUUGCAUCUCUCUGUUUUAUACAAAAAUACACAUCAGUUUGAAAAAUAUAUAGACCAGAUGAACAUAAAAGAUGCAGGCGAUCGAAUGCCCUUACAUCUUACAUGUACAUACCGCAUGAAGUAUCGUCUUUCUCAUCCGUAUCAAAAGUAUUUCUUAGUUAAAGAGGACCUUGUAACACCUAAUCGAGAACUAGACUGUUAUGUAUUUAUGGCAAAAACUCUUGCCCAAAAACAGUUCGAUGCGAAAAACAAAGACGAUCUGUUCAGUUUUGAUUACUUGGAUUAUUGCCUUGAAGCAAAUUGUCUGUAUCCUAUCGAAUUAUUUUUAGAACUAAAACUGUUGGACUUUGUUGGUAUAAAAGAAACCAUUUUUGGGUACUAUGACGCAGCCACUUUGACCUAUUAUUCAGUACAAAUGGGUUAUCGAAAUCUAUUUUGUGCGGUCAUUUUAGAAAAACCCCAGCUCGUGCACAGGAUGAUACGAGACAAAAAUUUACUUCAAUCAACAAUUAGUGGUUUCAAGAAGGAAACGAAAAACGCAUCUAAGUCACUAGAGAACUACAAAUGUAUAGUAAGUUUUUUGAGCUGCAGCGGUUUUGAUAUCAACGCCCGUGAUCAACACUAUAAGAUACCUUUAGCACGUGCUUGUGAAACUGGUGAUUAUGAAAUAACAAAAAUAUUGUUAGAGUGCGGCGCUUCCGUGAACGUUCUGGACAUAGAUAACAUGAACAUGUUACAUUACGUAUCGAAAUUGCGGAAACGUAAUCCAGAUAUAUUAAAAUUAUUUGUUCAGAUAGGUAUCGAAGUAAAUGCUCAAGACAAAAACGGGGUGACCCCUUUACAACUUGCCUGUGGACAUGGUAUUUAUGAAAAUGCAAAAAUGUUGUUAGAGUGCAGCGCUUCCAUAAACAUUGUGGAUAAAGACAACAACAACUCGUUGCAUUAUGCAUCACAGUCAAGGCAAGACAAUCCAGAUAUAACGAAACUAUUGAUUGUGAAAAGCAUCGACGUGAAUUUGCAAAAUAAUAAUGGAAUGACAGCUUUACAAGUUUCUUGCCAGUCAGGUAAUUAUGAAAAUUCAUUAAUGUUACUAGAAUGCGACGCUUUGAUGAAUAUUAGAGAUAAUGAAGACAACAAUGCUUUACAUCAUGCGUCAAAAUUAUGGGAAGAUAAUCGAGAUCUUUUAAAAUUGUUGAUCAAAAAAAGCAUCCACAUAGAUGCUCAAAACAAAUAUGGGGAAACGGUUCUACAAUUUGCAUGUUUGAAAGGCGAUCAAGAAAUUGUAGAAAUGGCGUUAGAACACAACGCUUCCGUGAAUAUUUCGAACGAAGGUCUUAGCAACGCGUUGCAUUAUGCAUCAAGAUCUUGGUGGAACAAUCGCGAUGUAAUAAAAUUACUAAUCAAGAAAGGCAUUGAUGUAAACGCUCAAAAUGAAAACGGAACGACGGCUUUACAACUUGCUUGCGGAAACGGUGAUCUUGAAAUUACUAAAAUGCUGUUUGAAUUUGGCGCUUGCAUAAACAUUGUCGACAAACAAAACCACACUGCAUUGAAUUAUGCCUCAAAUCUGUCAACCGACAAUCGGAAUAUAAUAAAAUUACUGAUCAAGAAAGGCAUCAACGUCAAUGCUGAAAGCAAAAAUGGGAUUACAGCUUUACAGAUUACAUGUUUAAAUGGAGUGUAUGAAAAGAUAAAAAUGUUUCCUGGUCAGGAGGGCUGGUGUCGAGGUGAAUCGGUCAUAACAACAAUUAUGCAACCUGUAAAAUGUGAUUGGGGAUGUGAGCCAUCGAUCCCUAAAGUCGAUGUGGCGAAUUUGCUAAUCGGGUAUUACUCUUUAAAUAGGUAUAGUACGGAGUCUACAAGGGGCGAAGGGGAAGGCCGCGCGACGCACCCAGCUCCUGCUACUAUCCCAGGUCUAGUACCAAAGGGUGCAACAUCAGGAUUGAUGUCCGCACCGUACCCGCAACAAGAGGUACAUACCCGCAACAACAGGUAUUUCUUCGCCCGCAACAACAGGUAUUUCUUCGCCCGCAACAACAGGCAUAAACCCGCAACAACAGGUCUCUUCGCCCGCAACAACAGGCCUAAAGCAUCACAGCGAAACACUGGAGGUAUAAUACGACUGUUGGUUAAAAACGGCAUCGACGUAAAUACGAAAAACAAAAAUGGAAUUACAGCUUUACAACUUGCAUGUGAACGAGGUGUUUAUGCAAAUGCCAAAUUGUUGUUAGAUUGCGGCGCCUCCAUCAACAUUUUGGACAGAGGCAACAAUAACGCUUUGCAUUUUGCAUCGAGUUCAAAGUAUGACACUACGGAUAUAGUAAAUUUACUAAUUACAAGAGGCAUUGAUGUAAAUAUCCAAAAUAAUAGUGGGGCUACAGCUUUACAUCUUGUUUGCGAAAAAGGCUCCCACGAAAGUGCACACAUAUUGUUAAAGUACGGGUCUUCCAUCAAUGUUGUGGACAAAGACAACUGCAGUGCCUUACAUUAUGCAUCAAGAUCUUGGACAGAUAAUCGAAACAUAAUAAAGCUUUUAAUUGAGAAAGGUAUUGACGUAAAUAUCCAAGACGAAAAAAACAACAACGCUUUGCACUAUGCAGCAAAGGCAGAAUGCGAGAAAGAGGAUAUAUUUGAAUUGUUGAUCGAGAAAGGAAUCAAUGUAAAUUUUCAGAAUAAAAGUGGUACUACAGCUUUGCAUCUAGCCUGUGAAAAUGCUCUUUGUGAUGUAGCCAAAACAUUAUUAGAAUCUGGCGCUUCCGUAAACAUUUUAGAUACAGAUAACAAUAACGCUUUGCAUUAUUAUGUCAGGACCCUGGAUCGGAAUUUAAGAAAGAUAUUUAAUCAACAGUGGGAGGAAACUCUACAGAUUGCACCCGAACAAGGUACUGCAGCCAUAAGAACAUUAUUGGUUGAGAACGGCGUCGACGUAAAUGCUAAAAAUAAAAAUGGAAUGACACCUUUAUUACUUACAUGUACUAGUAAGUACAUUCGUUGUGAUAUAGUACAAAUUUUGUUAAAUUGCGGCGCUCUCAUUAAUCUGAUGGACGAAGAACACAACAGUGCUUUACACUAUGCCUCAAACUCAGAAGAAUAUAAUCAACUUAUAAUUAAUUUACUGAUCAAGAAUGGUGUCGACGUGAACGCUCAAAAUAAAUACGGAACGACGGCGUUACAACUUGCUUGCAAAAACGGGGUUUAUGGAAACAUAGAAAUAUUAUUAGAGUACGACGCUUCUAUUAAGAUCACGGAUGAAAACAACCAAAGUGCACUACAUUAUGCAUUAGAAUCAGAGGCAGACAAAAAAUGUGUAAUAAAAUUGUUGAUUGAGAAAGAGCUCGGCGCUUCCGUAAACACUUUGGACAAAUGCAAUAACAAUGCGUUACAUUAUGGAUUGUGGGCAAGAGGGGAUAACAGAAGUAUAUUAAAACUACUGGUAGAAAAGGGUGUUGACAUCCGCGUACAGAAUAAAAUUAAAGUGGCAGCAUUUCAACUCGGAUAUACCAUGACAGCUUUUUCCAGUGAAGUAUAA